AUGGAAAACGGGAAAGAUGACGAGGAAAUGAAUAAGAGAGAAAAUGAUAGGAGAAAAAGGAAUUCGAUAACGAAAGAUUGCAAUUCGGAUUUUCAUUGGAUCGUAUCGUCGUCAUCCGGUAAAGGAUCGGAGUCGUCUGCAACCGUUUACGAAUCAGAAAAGAAUAAAAUGGAGGAUAAAAAAAAAUAUAGUAAUAAUAAUAAUAAUAAAAACGGUAAUAAAAUGUACGAGAACGAGGGGAAACGAGAUUUGGUGGAGGAUGAAUCAAAUUAUUCAUAUUCGAGCGAUCGACUACGGAAAACUUCAAAUCAAACGAUGCUCGUCGAAUCGCUCGAUAUCCCGGUUCAACUUCGUCUCCCGCCUCAAAGUCCCGGAAGUUUGGACAGGAAACGUUUGAAUACGUCCAGACUCGACCGAGACGUUAAAUCGAGAUCCACGAUAGUGAGCAGGAGUCCUCAAUCUUCGAGAAAAUCUCACGCGAGAUCUCUAGACGGAGUUAACGUCGUCGUGUCGUCAUCUUUUACCGGGGACGGUUUGAAAAAAAGGGGAGACACGAAUCGGAGUCACGAGGAAUGGAAGGAUUACAACGACGUUGAAGGAGGAGAUUCGUGUUGUCAAAUGAACAGAGCACUAUAUUCGGGAGGAUUUGGAUGCUGGGGAAAUUAUUGCGGCGGGUGUCUCAGUCAUCAUCAUCCCCAUCAGCAUCACCCUCAUCAUCCGCAUCAUUUGUUACACCUUCAAACGCAGUAUAGAAACGCGACGGCUUACGGAAGUUGCGAAAACAUCGGCGACAAAACAUCGAGGAAGAAUAAUUUUGGAAGUCAGAGAACUUUGUGCGAGGGAAGGAAAAAAUUUAAUUGGACGGAUGGUCAGAAUAGAUUGAUUUACGGGAGCAACGAAUAUUUAUCUAAUCACUGCUGUCCGACAGAAAGAGAAAAAUUAUAUUCUAUGAGGUUAUCAUUGGGAAAGUCAAGUGGGCCAGAGUUAGAAGAAAGAUUAAUACGAUUGGAAAAUGAUCGGGAAUCCCUACAGCUUCAGGUUUCCGUACUCACGGAGCAAGUGGAUGCUCAAAGUGAAAAAAUAUCUGAUUUGCAACAGAGUUUGGAUGAUAAAAAGCAACAGCUCAUGAACGCGGAAGAUUUGUUGCAAAGAGAAAUAUUGACGAGGUCGUCGUUGGAAACUCAAAAACUCGAAUUGAUGUCGGCCAUAUCGGAAUUGAAAUUACAACAAGCCGCGAUGGAAAGGGAAAAUUACGAAUUGAAAGAAGAGAAAAAAAGAUAUCAAAACGUUAUCGUUAAACCUCCUAUGAUUCCUAAAAAUUCUCUCCUGAUGCAAUCUCCUACACCUCCUCCUAGUACCGUAUCAACCUCGAAUCGCAUGUCUCCCACCGAUUAUCCAAUCGUUCGUAAGUCUUCGAGCCUUUUUUCCAAUCAGGAUUUUUCAGACUCGUCGGCGAAUCAAACGUCGACGAAUUCGUUUUCCGAUUCACAUCAUAAUAAGUAUUUAAUUAGUUCCACGCCUAAUAAUAAGAUAGUAGGGUCGUCGUCGUCGUCGAGUCCCGUCAUGACGAACGUGGAUCGACAGCAACAACAGCAAAAGGAUUUAAUCAAUUAUAUUUCUUCGUCCCCUCAACCAAAUUUAAGGAGGUCGAUGGAUCAAUAUAGCAGUCUUCCGCGUCAGAAAAUACUUGAAAAUCAGGGAAUGAAUCAGUUACCAGAAUCAGUUACCGGAAGAAAUCAGUCGACAACUCUUGGUAAAGGAAUAACGUCACUGAUAACACUUAACACUGAGAAAAGCUAUUCAGCACCAAACUUAGGAUUUUUUUUUACUUUUCCUUUGAUUAUUUUGAACAGAACCGAAACGGAGAAACAGGGAGGAGGAGUAGGAGGAGACGAUGAGGGAGAUAACAGUAUUCCAAAUGAAGUUAUAAUGCCAAAGCCAAUCGAACCCACAUCAACAAAUCAACAGGGAACAAUGACGACAUCUAGAAAGGGAAUCAAAAAACUUUUCAACAAAAUAAAAAGAAGUAAUUCGGGUAACGUUAACGAUUUAGUCGGAGAUGGAGAUUUCAAAAGAGGACGGGUACGUGCAACCAUAGGAGGACCGACAAGACUCGGUGGAAAUAAUUCGCAAAUAUUUAAACCGCCCGACAAGCCUUUCGCGGAUUGGGACGUGGAUAAUCUGUGCGGAUGGCUGGAAGAGUUGAGUCUCGAAAAUUACGUCGGAGAUUUGAGACGAUGGAUAAAAAAUGGCGGACAAUUGUUGGCGGCGACUCCGAAUGAAAUAGAAAAAGAAUUGGGUUUGAAAAAUCAUCAAAUGCACAAGAAAAAACUUUUGCUCGCGCUCCAGGAAAUGAAUGAGAAAAAUUCGGAAUUUGAUGAAUUGCUUAAACCCGCAGGAUGUUUGGACACGGCUUGGGUUUUGCGUUGGUUGGACGACGUCGGACUUCCUCAACACAAAGAAAUUUUCUUAACGGCACGAAUCGACGGACGUAUGCUUCAUAGGUUGACGAUGGAUGAUUUGGCAACAAUGCACAUAACAUCAGCAUUGCACGUAGCUAGUCUUAAAAAGGGUAUCAAGGUGUUAAGAGAAUAUAAAAUGGAUCCAAAUUGUCUUACCAGACGAAGCGUUCCAGACGAACCACCCCCGACGGCAGCCGACGUUGCAUUAUGGACAAAUCACAGAGUCAUGGAAUGGUUGAGAGUCGUGGAUUUAGCUGAAUACGCGCCUAAUUUAAGGGGAUCCGGUGUUCACGGAGCCUUGAUGGUCUACGAAACGAAAUUCACGGCAGAUUUGCUAGCGUCGUUACUUAACAUUCCGCCGAACAAAACGUUGCUCCGACGUCAUUUGAACACACAUUUUAAAGAAUUGCUCGGGAGGGAAGUCAUACAAGCGAAAAGGGAAGCGGAAACAACUUUGGGAUACAUUCCGUUGACGCCUUCUGCCAAAAUCAAAGCCGUUAAGAAACCGCAAUUCACGUUGAAAAGAAAAAAGAACAAACAAGAUGUGGAUUAUGGGGAUUUAGUUUGUCCUCUCGACGACGGGGCUUCAGGUGAAAAUCCGAAUUUCUCGACUAAUGCUUGUCCUCUUAAUGCAAAUGGUGGCGGUUUCGGAUCGCGGGUGGGGCGGGACGGUCGGGCGAGCGAGGGCGGGGAGGAGGCGGGGCAGGAAAGGGGAAUCGACUAA